UCAGGUGUCAGUGGUGAAAUGGACUUCUUGUCAGCAUGGAUUGUGUCUCCUUCAGCUCUACCCUUUCUCUGUCUCAUCUGGGGCACGCAGGCCCAGCAGGCUUUCAGGUCUGAGCCCAGGAACCUCACUGUGCGGAUGGGAGCCACAGCUGUGUUGAGGUGUGAGGUGCUGCGGGCCUCAGGGACUGUGCAGUGGGUGAAAGACGGCCUCCUCCUGGGAUUUCAGAGAAGCCUGCCAGGCUUUCCACGCUACAGCAUGAUUGGAAACCUCAAGAGAGGGCAAUAUCAUCUUCAGAUUGAAAAAGCCCAACUGGAAGAUGAUGCCUCCUAUGAAUGUCAAGCGGGCCAGUCUGAGAGCAGUCAAGCAAUCAUUUCCAGUACAGCCUGGGUCAAUGUGCUAAUUCCUCCUUCCAAGCCAUACUUUGAGGUGGACAUGGCAACACCUUGGGUGGCAGGGAAGGAGUACACCGUCACCUGUAUUGUCCCUGACGCAAAGCCCGUGGCUGUAAUCACACUUUAUAAAGAUGGAGUCAAGCUGACAGGUGCAGAGUCUUUCACCAUGUCUGGCUCAAAGGAUAAGCUCCUGAACACGCAUGCUGAAGUAACGGUCACCGCUGUGAGCUCUGACAACGGGAGGCAGCUGGCAUGUCAUGCCAACAACCACGCCUUUUUCCGGCCUGUGGAGACCACAAUGACCAUGAGCGUGUACUUCCCACCUCAGCCUCCAGUUAUUGUGGGUCUGGAGAGAGAGGAAGUCAAAGCGGGGAGAAUGCUCGUGUUGGAGUGUGUGUCUCAUGGUGGAAACCCCCUAGCCAGUCUCCAAUGGACCAAGGAUGGAGAUGUUCUGUCCACAGUUUGGGAGGAGAAUGUCGUGGCACAGACAACCAGAAGUAUCCUCAACCUGGAGAUCACCCCCGCGGACAACCAGGCAGUGCUGUGCUGUGAAAGCGUCAAUCUAGUGUCACCAUCACCUCUGUCUGUCAGCCGCAAAAUUACUGUGCUCUUUGAGCCUGCAGAAGUGAUGCUGUUGGGUUCACUCACAGCCAUUGAGGGUCAGGAGUUGAAUCUGAGCUGCUACGCCACCUCCAGUAAUCCCCCUGUCCACAUUCGCUGGUGGCUGGGCUAUAAGGAGCUCAACGCCUCUGUUGUCACUAUGGAGGAGGGAGACAAUGGUGGGAUGACAACCAUGUCCAACAUGACCCACAGGGUCUCCCGGGAUGAGAACGGGCUGAAGCUCACCUGUGAGGCUUUCAAUAAGGGCACACACUUCUCCAAGACCCAAAUCACCGAACUCAAUGUCUAUUACCCUCCUCAAAAAGUAUGGCUUGAUACUCCUCCUCAAGAUGUCCCCCUUCGUUCAGGGACCACGGUCCGUCUCAUCUGCUUCUCCACUGGAGGGAACCCCCAUGGGACUCUGACCUGGUUCAAGAAUGGAAAGGUUGUGACAAGUGCACUGAAGCAGACGUCCUUUGAUCUGGGUGUGGCUCGAGAACUGGUCCUGGUCCUGACGGCAAGUGACAACAUGGCUACCUACCGCUGCGAUGCCAAAAAUGAGGCAAAGAAGACCAUCUCUGCCCACGCUAAGCUCAUAGUUCACUUUACAGCAGUCAGUAUGAAGAUCACAACCAAACAGGAGGAGCUACGUCGCGGCCAGAUGCUCACUCUGGAGUGCCAGUCUGGAAGCAGCAACCCCAAGGCCAACAUCUCCUGGAGCUUGGGCUCACUCAGGUUCCAGGGAGUGGAGCAGCCACCCAGGAAGGCUCAAUUUAGCGGUGUGUCAGUGAACAGUUUUCUAUCCCUGAAUCUGACUUCACAGCAUCACAACCAGAGGGUCACUUGCCAGGCCAAAAGCCCUGCACUAGACGAGGGGGCCAAGACAUUCUUCAAACUCAAUGUGCUUUACCCACCAGAGUUCAGCACACAGCAGCCAACUCAAGUCCAGGUGGUGGAGGAUGACAUGGCAACCAUCCCAAUGCUGGUCUCAGCUAACCCAGAGGAGGUCUCCUGCAUUUGGCUGCACCGCAGGGAGAAGCUGGUCAAAGAGGGGGAUCUGCGCUACCACUGGCUGGACGACAACUCACUGGAGAUCAAGAAUGUGACGAGGAAAGAUGCCGGACUUUACACAGUCAAGUGCACAAAUGACGAGGGUUUUGACCAAACCUCAAUCAUGCUGGACGUUCAAUAUGCUCCCAGUGUCAAGGCAGAGAAGGACCCUGUGUUUGUGAACCUGGGGGAAACAGCAGACCUGAUAUGUGUGGCAGAUGCCAACCCCAUUAUACCUGACAUGUUCUCUUGGAAAUUUCUGGGAGAAGGGGAGGUGGAGUUGGGAGAGGAGACUCAGGAAGACGAAUCUGGCCUUCUGACCAUCUAUAAUGUGACUCGGGCUCACGCUGGUAUUUACCAGUGCACAGCCAAUAAUGGCAUAGCACCCCUUGCCACUGUAGACGUGCGGCUGGUUGUGCAAUUCAAACCAGAGCUUCAGAAAGGAGCCCAGUGGAGGAAGGUAGCAAGUAGAGGAGAUGGCACUUCUACAGCAGAGGUAGUGUGUCAGGCAGAGGGUAUUCCCCGUGUCGACUUCUCUUGGGAAAAAAAUGGUGUACGCAUGGACUUUGCAAACCCCAGGUAUGAGGAACGAACCGUGCGGGAAGGCUCUUACCACACCAGCACAGUUCGAGUAGUAAAUGUGAGCGCAGUUAUGGACUAUGCUGUCUUCAGCUGCACUGCUCGCAACUCACUUGGGGAAGACAACCUAGACAUCCAGCUCGUCAGCACAAACAGCCCAGAUCCUCCUUCAUUGUUUCGCCAAGUCGAUGCCACCCACGACUCGGUCACUCUGGAGUGGAUCCCCGGCUUCGAUGGUGGUUUGCAGCAAAGAUUUCGUAUAAGAUACCGCUGGGAUCAGGUAGCCAGUUUCCUGUACAUGGACGUCUUUCCUCCCGGCGCAGCAACCUUUACUGUCACUGCCCUGCAGCCUGUCACCACCUACAACUUCUCUGUCAAUGCCCUCAAUGCGAUGGGAGAGAGUGGCUACGCUGACAACAAUGCAGUACUGACCAUCACCACCAAGGAGAGGCCAGAACUAGAAGAAGUCCCAGCAGAUGAUGACUCAGUCUCACAGAGUGCAAGUGGACUGCCAGCCUAUUUCACAGUAGUGUUCACAGUGGUGCUCGGAGUCGUGCUGGUAUUGAAUUCGCUGGGCUGCUUCUUUGGAUUGAGGUGGAAAAAGAAGCGAGGUCAGACAGGGGGUAGAGGAGGCAGUGUGUUGGAUGGAACGAAGAAAGAAGAGGAGGGGUCCAGUCAGUCAACUGUAAGCAACUCCAAUAAGUAUGAAAGCAGAGAAAAGAUCAACGUCGCAGCCCAGCGCACCCUCCUCAUCGACUCUGGAUCCGAAACAGACAGCAAUGUCUAUGAGAGCUAUGCGGCGGAAAGUUCCCAUUAUUAUUACCCCACCGGUGACUACAUGCCGCCUCUCAGUCCACACCCGGAGGAAAUGCGUAGACUUGAUGUCACCCACCUCCCCGUGGACUCUCACAGCCAUCUGUAUGAAGAAGUAAGAGACAGGGGUCUGUACCAGGACAUCCUGGCUUCCUCUCUUCCGUCUCCUCUGUCCUUGCCUGACCACAGAUUGCCUCAUCAAAGGACUGAGUGGAGAUCACCAAACCACCCUCAGGGUACGGAGAAAAUGAGGCAGUUCAUGGGUGUUCGACAACCGCAGAGAGAUUCUGAUCUCCCCUUUGAACUACGAGGUGAAUUAGUCUAGAAUGAGAAGGUCAGCGCAAACAAAUACGCUGACAGGGUUUGUGACUCAACAGUAGUCACUGAAUACUGUGGUAUUUUAUUCCCUUUGAAUAGUAUGUCACAAAUCACCUUGAAUCAACCUAUCACAAGAGAAGGAAGAAUACUUAAUACAGAUUUUCACUGUCAAGUGUUAGGAAAUCUUAGUGUAUAUAUUGUUAAAAUUGAAUGUUUUGCUCAAAGGACUGGGUUGACUUACAGAAAGGUACUGUAUGGCAACUAAGGAAGCUGAAAAGAAGCAAGGCAGAAUGGCCUCUGUAACCUCAUGUAAUCAAGAAAGAAAAAAUUGUUCUGUUGUAUAAUAGCAAGUUUAUUUUCUUCUCCCUCCUCCCUUGACCUCACUGUUCUUUCACCUUUACCCUCUUUCUUUCUUGGGGCUAAGUCACAGUCACUACCCAAACACCACCACCAAACCCCCCCCUCCCUUGCUUUGGCCUGCAGGUACACAUGAAUCAGUCACUUAGACACAAAAAUGGACUGACAACGCUGUGGUUGGCACUAGGGCAGAAGCACUACAGACUCAUGGUACCAUCCAAGCAGAAAACAUCCUUUUUGAUCCAUCCAACAAAUUCUAACAUGUAUCCACAUGAGAACCUGACGACAGUCGCCUGUCCCUCUCCUGUCUCAUACAAAGAGCUCAAGACCUCACAGUUAGACCGUGGGAAUCCGUACAAUGGGAUAGUACUGAGUGGUAUUUAGCACGGUUAUGUCUUCGGGAGGUAAAGCCAUAUCUAGGGCCAGACUUUAAUCCUGUUUUCUCUCGGAUUGGAGUUCAGCUCACAGCAUCAGGGAGAGAGAAAACCCAUGCAGGGAAUUUGUCUCACUGAGGGUGGACAGUUGAAGAGAGAUAGGGACAGGAAGAGAGGGUUAGGUUAAGCUGCUACUGUGGCUACUGCUACAAAAAACUCUCCUCUUCCUUUGGUUUUCCGUACAAAUUGUAGUUCAAGGAAAAGCAGUUUACUGUAUAGCUUUAAUCCACAGCCUAUACAAUAAUUACAGUCUUUAUUUAUAGAGCACUUUGAAAAACCAAAGCUUCUUUACACAAGACAGCAAAUUAAAAUUAUACAAAUUAUGAAAUCUAACAGAAUCCUAAUGGAUUAGAUUUUAUACCAGAUCAGAUACAACCAAUUCUAUCAAUAUAGGAUUAGAUAAAUAAAAAGACAUUUUAAAGUAAAAUAAAGCAAGACUAAGGUUACGUUCACACUGCAGGCCAUCGUGGGUCCAUUUUUCUUUGCUCAUAUGUGACUCAUCUGUUUUUCACUUUCAUAUGUGAUUAAAAUCACACUCUUACUCUCACUCUAGAUUGACAUUCAUCACAAUUCUGCACUGACAGGAGUCACAAACAAAGGAGGUAGU